AUGAGCGGACAAGCUAGCACGCUGGUACAUCGGCCUUCACCAACAGCAUCAGCAUCCGUUUCAUCGUCAUCGAUUCGCUCGCAAGAUGUCAUUCAGACAUCUGCAAGACCAUCAAUAUCCGAGGACUCCCAUGCCCAGCCGAACGGGCUUGGGGUCCCGCCCUCUACUAAAAGACCAAAUAUAACACACCGCCUCACUCGUAUGUUCACAUCCCAGGGUAAGGGCUUGAAAGACGGGGACGUCCGCCGUGACAGUAUCGCGUCCGACGCGGUCGACAGCGGAAACAGCAGGAAGAAUAGCGUAUCUAGCCCCAGGGCCCCUUCAAGGCAGCAAUCCUACUCCGACAAGCGUGCCAAUGGCCCAAGCGACGCCACCCAAGACCGUAGACCCAGCCUCGCAAAUAUAAGAAAGGAUGAACAGCUGCAUCGAAGAUUCGAAAUGCUCCCAGACGGCUCCCAUCAACAUACCCUGAAAAGUGCCAAGAGACAGGAGAAAUUAUCAGAUAUGCUACGCGAGAUGCUUGGCGGUAAAAAGAAGGAUGAUCACUCGGAUGAUCAUCAGCAGCUGUCUUUAAUGUCUAAUUGGGUUGAUCAAUUGAGAAGUGAGCGCGACAGGCUUGCCCAGGACAAGAAAGGCGGGCCCAACUCGACUGCCACUUUGGUGCAGAAGUAUGGCAAAUGCCAGGAGAUCGUUGGACGCGGCGCCUUUGGUAUCGUCAGAAUAUCUCACAAAGUUGAUCCUAAAGACAACAAAGGGGAACAGCUGUUUGCUGUCAAAGAAUUCCGGCGGAGACCCCAAGAAUCACCCAAGAAAUAUCAGAAACGACUUACUUCAGAGUUUUGCAUCUCUUCAUCUUUACGUCACCCUAAUGUGAUCCAUACCCUCGACCUGCUGCAAGAUUCGAAAGGCGACUAUUGUGAGAUCAUGGAGUUCUGUGCAGGUGGAGAUCUAUACACUCUGGUCCUAGCUGCCGGCAAACUUGAAGUGACUGAAGCAGACUGUUACUUUAAGCAAUUAAUGUGCGGUGUCGAAUAUUUGCACGAGAUGGGUGUCGCUCAUCGCGAUUUGAAACCUGAGAACCUCUUGCUUACCACACACGGCGCCCUCAAAAUCACGGAUUUCGGCAACGGAGAGUGCUUUCGCAUGGCGUGGGAAAGAGAAGCCCAUAUGACGGCUGGUCUCUGUGGAUCUGCACCAUACAUUGCUCCAGAGGAGUACAUCGACAAGGAGUUCGACCCGCGAGCCGUCGAUGUCUGGGCUUGUGGUGUUAUAUAUAUGGCUAUGAGGACUGGUAGGCACCUAUGGCGUAUUGCAAAGAAUGACGAAGACGAGUUCUUUGAUCGAUAUCUGGAAGGCCGGAAAGGCGACGAUGGAUAUGGACCCAUCGAGACUUUGCACAGGGCUCGUUGCCGGAAUGUUAUUUACUCCAUUCUCGAUCCCGACCCAAGCCCCAAACGCCGACUUACUGCAACUAAGGUGCUCAAAUCUGAGUGGGUCCGUGAAAUCAAACUUUGCAAGGCAGCUGAGGAGGGGUUCUAG